CAGUUUUUUGGUCGCGAACUGGUAGCAAACGUUUGGACACAAGUUAAAUGCAAAUAUAAAAUCGCACGCCAAAACUUAAAAGUUAAAUUUGUAAUAAUAUUAAGUAGGUAGAACUGCAUGCCCAAGCUACAAUCCAUCAUACACAAUGACGAGUGACGACAAGAGCAGUUACGACUCCAGUGACAACAGCGAGGCUGAGGAGCGACACGCCAAGCAUAAAAAGUCUAAAAAGCAUAAGAAACACAAAAAGUCGAGCAGCAGUGAAAAGGUGCACAAAAAGCACAAGAAAUCGAAAAAGCGCCAUCAGCGUCACAGCGAAUCUUCAAAUGCAUCCGAGAAGCAGCAGCUCAUACGAAACAAUGCAGUGACUCAAGGUCUGAGUAGCAAAUUUACUGAGUUGAUGCAAGCCAGUCGCGAGCGUAGCUCAAAACUGACGGCCAAUGGCGCCGACUUUCGUAUUGUCAAACCAAAUACAGACCCAUGCAGCUUGGUUGAAGAGAUUACCAAGACCAUACAGAACAAGGUGCGGCCUGUACUUGAAGUGGCCACAUCUGGUAGUGAGAGUGAUGUCCCCAUUGACAUAGCCAGUCCUGUGUUGAUGCCAGAUAAGCUCGAGGAUGAGCUAAAUUUGGAGGAGCUAAUGCGACAAAAGGCACUUCUGCAAGCACGCCUGGGUGCCUACAUGUCUGACACUGAAGGCGAUGAGACUCGUUCCAAUUCGUUGCAGCUCAAGCGUCCACUGCAGCAACCCCAGCAGCCACAGCAACCCGUAGUUGCAGCUAUCGAGGCGCCGAAGCGUAGGCCGAACUCGCAGUCUGCACUGCAGCUGGCAACUGCAACUAGUAAACAUGCUAAUAAUAAACAGUCUAACAUCAAUAACUCAAACGAACCCGAUGUUAUAUUAUUGGAUGAUUCUAGCGGUAGUCAGCGUACGCCCUCGCCCACACCAGAGAAGCGAAGACGACAAUCAUCGCCCAUCCCACAAAGAAGUCGGCCACAGCAGCAGCGAGACUCGCGUGAUCGUCGUUCGAUCCGAGAUCAACGAAGUCGCACGCCUCGCCGACGCAGUGAGCAACAGCUACAGCAGCAGCAGAGACGUCAUCACCAAGAGUACAACAGGAACAUGGAGGAUCUGCGACAGGAGAUCAAUCGUGACAAGCAGCGAGAGCGACGCGAACAAAGUCGUGAUCGUGAAAGGCGACCAGAGAGAGAUAAUCGACAGCAGCAGUCAGAGCGUGGAGGUAGGCAGCGCGAGCGCGAGCGCGAACGAGAGCGUGAUCGUGAUCGCGAUCGCGAUCGCUGGCAACGUCCACGGUCGCAUAGUCGUAGUAAGUUUGAGUCAGAUAGAAGGCGUGAGCGUGAGCGUCAGCUGGAGCAGGAUCGGGGCGGUGAACGUGGCACAGGAUCUGGACGUGGAGCACGCUCUGGCAAUGGUGUGGGCGCCACCGAUCGCGAUCGCUAUAAAGGCUCUUUAAGCGAGGGGCAGAAAAUGCACGAAAAGGAGAGCAGCGACGAGGAAUCCAGUCUUGACAUAGAUAUCAACGAGGACGAGGAUGAUGAGGAGCGUAUCAUUGAGAUGCGUCGCAAGCAACGUGAGGAGCUUGUCAAGAAACUGGUUACCACUGAGGGGAAAUCGCGUACAACCAGCCCGACGCCUCGCAAGUCGAAUUCAUAUGAAUCGAGAAGCAUUUCACCCGUCUCCUCGAAACCCGAGCAGAUGCAGCAUUCGCCAACGAUUGAAAAAGAAGAGCAGCCGCCUGCUAAGCCCGAAGCGUUCGAUGCAAAUGCUUCGAAGAACAGCACAGUUAAAGAGAAACGCAACGAAUGGGACAUGUUUGCCGAUCAGGAUGUUGAUUCAAAUUUCGAUUCCCCCAGUACGAUAGUGCACAGUAAGCAUCAAAUUGAGAAUCCUGCUCUAACUGACAAUUGGGACGAUGCGGAGGGUUAUUAUCGUGUGCGCAUUGGUGAGGUACUGGACAAUCGCUACCUCGUCAGUGGCUACACAGGACAAGGCGUGUUCAGCAAUGUGGUGCGCAGCAGGGAUCAGGCGCGUGGCUCGGCCAAUGUGGCUAUCAAAAUUAUACGCAACAACGAGAUCAUGCAUAAGACAGGUCUACGUGAGCUGGAAAUCCUUAAAAAACUCAACGAUGCGGAUCCUGAUGAUCGUUUCCAUUGCCUUCGUUUAUAUCGGCACUUUUUCCACAAGCAGCAUCUUUGCAUGGUAUUUGAGCCGCUGGCCAUGAAUCUGCGCGAGGUGCUCAAGAAAUAUGGCAAAAAUGUGGGUCUUCACAUAAAAGCGGUGCGCAGCUAUACUCAGCAACUGUUCCUCGCUCUUAAGCUGCUGAAGAAGACGGGCAUACUGCAUGCGGAUAUCAAGCCCGAUAAUAUUCUAGUUAAUGAGAAUAAUUUGAUAUUGAAGCUGUGCGAUUUUGGCUCUGCAUCGGCCAUCAGUGAGAAUGAAAUAACGCCUUACUUGGUAUCACGUUUCUAUCGAGCACCUGAAAUAAUAUUGGGUAUACCCUAUGACUAUGGCAUUGAUACGUGGUCAGCCGGUUGCACUAUCUACGAACUAUAUACGGGCAAGAUAUUGUUCAGUGGCAAGAGCAACAAUCAGAUGCUUAAAUUCUUUAUGGAUGUAAAGGGCAAGAUACCCAAUCGCAUCAUACGCAAGGGACAAUUCAGAGAACAGCAUUUUGAUCAAAGCUGCAAUUUCCUUUAUCACGAAAUAGACAAAUUAACAGAGAGGGAAAAGAUCGUCGUGAUGCCUGUGGUGAAGCCUACCCGCAAUUUGCAACAGGAGCUAAUCGCUGAUCAGAACUUACCCGAUGAUCAGCAUCGCAAGGUGACACAGCUCAAAGAUCUGCUGGAGAAUAUGUUUGCCUUGGAUCCGGGCAAACGUAUAUCGCUAAAUCAGGCACUCACACAUCCCUUUAUACAGGAGAAAAUGUAGCUCCAAACCGCACAGAGAGCGACACAAUAAACGUAAUUCAAUUAUUUGUAGACUAUAAGAAAUUACGUUAGAACAAGUUUAUCGAGUUAUUAUUAUCACCCGAGCUACAAAAACCACACACUCAGCUAUAAAUAGACUAUCUACUACCUAUCUAUCUAUCUUUCUAUAUAUAUAUAUAAAUCCGUAUAUAUCUUGAUUGUAAGCAUAUGUACAUAAUGUUCAGUGGUUCGGCCGAAUUGUUAUUUGUGUGUGCGUGCUUACACGAACUUAAUAUGUAUAAAACUAAGUAAUACAUACUAUAUAUAU